AGCGGCAAGCAUCCCACGUAGAGAAGGACCGCAAUUUGUGUUUUACGACGCGUAUUGUUGCAUUGUAUUUACUGCGUAAAAAAUCGUAUCCAGUCCGUUGAAUAAUCGCGUGUGUUGCAGUGAGGUGAGAGCAAAAUAAAAUGUGAUACAUAGAAUCCUAAGAUCAGAAACAAAAUCUGGCAUGAAGAUGAAGAUUCCAAACAGCGGUUCUGGUAACGGGUAUUAUGGCCACGAAACCAGUGUUAUUGCUUAUCUUGACAAUGACGAACCUGAAGUGGAUAUACAACCUGUCGUCGACAGUGACUUUUCCGAAUACAUGUGGAUGGAAAAUGAGGAAGAAUUCGACAAGGAGGUAUUGGAACAAUUGGAGGAGGAAGAGUUGAUGGAGGAAUGUUUAGAAGCAAUGCUCGAGGAGGAAAGGCAACAUCAGCGAAACCAAACGACUACAGCAUGGUGCAAUGCAGCCAAUGGUGGUGACAAUAGUCACGAAUUGUGUCAGCAACUUGGUGGUUUGAGAGUUCAGGGUGACCUUGCAAAACAGAGCACACUAAAUCCAGACGCUGCAGAAUUCGUACCAUCGCUUAAAACGACAGUGAGUACGACACAGGAAUUAACGAGUGAAGCUUCGUAGAGGGUCUCUCAUCGUGUAAUGAUAAGAAAGCAGAUCAAAUGGGGUCGUUGAGUCGACCGAGAUCGAACCCGAUCGUAUUUGCAAAAAACACAAUCAAUAACUCACAAAGUCUGUGAAUCAACGAAAUCGAGCUGCGAAAGAUGGAAAAUCGAUUAGGACGUUUUGUGCUAUCUUGAGGAUCCUCGUACGUAUGGAAAAAUACAGGAACAACGAGUCGCCCUAGUGAUAGAAUAAAGCAAAGAAAAAAUAAUGGAAUAAUGCGAUAUUGAAAAACCAAAAAAACAAAAAAAAUUCAAAAUAGUUGACGAAAAACCUAUAACGUUGCGAAAAAAAACGACUAAAAUAGAAACUAACGCUACGAUUACAUUGAUAUCUCAAUACGGAAUAACAUUAGUUCUAUAUACUCUUAAGUGAGCUAUCGUGUGUUUUUUCUUAUGGUUGUCCACCGAACCAAGGAUUCGGACAACGAGGAAAAAGAAGAUCAAUAAUAUACGCAGAUCCAAGACUCGUACCAACAAACGAGAUUUCAAGUCAAAAUCGUUUCCACAUAAAAUACACACGGACAUACUCACUGCUUCAUUUUUUCUCCCCACGCUCUAAAAAGAAUUUCAGUUUCCGAGUUCAAUCAAUUUUACCAUAGAUAAAAACAGAAAAAAAAACAUGAAAUCACUAAAAUAUGAAAAAAUAAAAGAAUGAAAAACGAUUAUUUCUGAAUCGUGUACUCUAAUAACUUUUGUAGACUCAUGGAUCGUUACAAAUAGAAGAUAAAUAAGAUAAUUAUGAAAAUCGGGUACUUAAGAUGAAAUCAAUUUAUUGAGCUGGAAUACGAUUUGAGAUUUUUUUAAUCGAGGAAAGAAAGUUAUUGCGUUAAUCGAAGAUUCGCCAAGCAAACCUCGAAGCUUUAUUAUGGAAAUUGCGUUUCUCUACCGAUUACAGUUGUAACUAUUAGCAGCUUUUUUGAAAUCAAUUUUAUCAUUCAUCCAUGACUAUAAUUAUUCACAUUAUUUUCAUUUCUAUAACAAAUAAAUAUGAGAAUAGAUUCGAUAUGUAUUUUUCAAGAUGAUUCACAAUAUUUUGUUUGUUGUUGUAUCUUAUUUUUAGACUGGAAAAAGGAAAAAAAAACUCGACCGAUAAUAAUUCAGGCUGUGAGGAAUUUCCUUGGUGUCUCUUCGCGAAUCGAAGAACUCAAUCGCGAGCGAUAACAGCUUAACUCACUUUCAAGAACGAUUUCUAUUACGAAUCCACGAAAAUGCGAGAAACUAUAAACAUACAAAAUAUGCAUUAAAAAAAAAAAAUUAAAAAAAAAAAAUAAAAUAAAAUAAAAUAAAGAAAAUGAACAAAAAUAGUGAAGUGUAGACUUUAGGGUAUGAACAAAAUCUCAUUGUUGAAAAACAUACGAGCUAUUUAUUAGGAUUAAUGUAUAGAAGCCAGAAUGUUUGAAACUACACGUUUAAAUUCACCGUGCUUGAAAGAAUAUUAACAGAAAAUCAAGCUGUCAAAUUUGGCAAUUAAACUGCAGCGUACGUCGUCUUCCACUCAAUAUUUUUUUCACCCCUUUGGUCCAUUUGUUAUGAUCUUCAUAAAUAUUAUGAGUAAUGCAUUAAUCUGUGAGCAAUAUAGAAAAUAUUGAAAUAAUUAGUUCGUCAUCCGAUUAAUGAUUAUGGUUGUAAUUGUACAAAGUUUGCUUUUUUAAAUUCAUUUCUUUGUCAGUUUGCGUCGAUGUGUAAUUUUAGUAAUAUCUGCAAAUUCUCAAAUCAAUUGUAUCAUAAUUCCUUAUUUCCAUGAAUUUCAUGAAAAAUAUGUAUUUUCUAUCACAAUACAUUAACUGUAAAUUGUAAAUUUUCAAUUUUCAACUACCCUAAACGAAUAAUUUCAAAAAUUGUUCUCUCAUUUGCUAUGCGAAGCUGCUAAUGGUUUGAAAUUAAUAACGAAAAUUACCAAAGUUAUGGAACAGAGAAACAACCGUUUUGGUGAAAUUGGUAAAUAAUGAAAUUGUAUUCGAUUUUCGUAUUAGAUUCGAACUAGACAUUACUGUUCUAAAAGCUGAUUACGAAUUACUUUUAAUAGUUGUAUGUCACGUCGAUGUCCGAGGUUUCAGGCACUUGGAAUUUAUUUCGUUUAUAUGUCCUUUUUUUCAAUUUCAUAUCAUCUCAUUUAUUUUAUAUAGAUUUUUCGAUUAUAUAGCAUAAAAACAGAAAUACAGUAUAUCUAUUGAAACGAA